CGCCGCUGCCACUGCCGCGGGCCGCCCCCGCCGCGCCGGCCUGGGCUCAAGCUGCCAGCGCCGCCGCAGCCGCCACCGGAGCGGGAGCGGGAGCCCGACCGUGCUGGGCUGGGCUGGGCUGGGCUGGGGCGGGCGCAGGGCGCAGGGGCGGGCGCGCGGGGGAAGACGCACGGGCGGGCUCGGCUCUCCCGGGGAGCGGCCCGGGACUGCACCCGGACCAGCGCCUCCCCGCUCCGCGCUGCCCUCGGCCUCGCCCCGGGCCCGGGCGGAUGAGCCGCGCGCCCGGGGGACAUGGAAGCGCUGACGCUGUGGCUUCUCCCCUGGAUAUGCCAGUGCGUGUCGGUGCGGGCCGACUCCAUCAUCCACAUCGGUGCCAUCUUUGAGGAGAACGCAGCCAAGGACGACAGGGUGUUUCAACUGGCCGUAUCCGACCUGAGCCUCAACGAUGACAUCCUGCAGAGCGAGAAGAUCACCUACUCCAUCAAGGUCAUCGAGGCCAACAACCCGUUCCAGGCCGUCCAGGAAGCCUGUGACCUCAUGACCCAGGGGAUUUUGGCCUUGGUCACGUCCACCGGCUGUGCAUCCGCCAACGCCCUGCAGUCCCUCACGGACGCCAUGCACAUCCCCCACCUCUUUGUCCAGCGCAACCCGGGGGGGUCACCGCGCACCGCCUGCCACCUGAACCCUAGCCCCGAUGGCGAGGCCUACACACUGGCCUCGAGACCGCCAGUCCGCCUCAACGACGUCAUGCUCAGGCUGGUGACAGAGCUCCGCUGGCAGAAGUUCGUCAUGUUCUACGACAGCGAGUACG